UUUUUAUUCUUUAUUUUCAGUUAUUAUCAUUCUGUGACUGUAAAAUAAUAAAAAGAAUUGAGAUUAUUUCUUCAACUUCCGGAAUCGUUCUUUCUUCCGGUUGAAGCCGAACUGAUCGUUUGGAUCGGCAUGAAGCUGAACAUAUCUUACCCAGCCACUGGCUGUCAGAAGUUAAUUGAAGUAGAUGAUGAGAAAAGAAUAAGACCCCUGUAUGAGAAGAGAAUUGCCACAGAAAUCUCUGCCGACUGUCUUGGAGAUGAGUGGAAGGGCUAUGUUCUACGUAUAACUGGUGGCAAUGACAAGCAGGGUUUCCCAAUGAAACAGGGAGUUCUGACUAAUGGCAGAGUCAAGUUGCUUAUGAGCAAAGGUCACUCCUGCUACAGACCCCGCAGGAAGGGAGAGAGGAAGAGGAAGUCUGUUCGAGGCUGCAUUGUAGACAGUAACCUCAGUGUGCUUGCUCUCACUAUUGUAAAGAAAGGAGAACAAGAGAUUCCAGGCCUCACAGACAAGACUGUUCCCCGUCGUCUUGGACCCAAGAGAGCAAGCAAGAUCCGACGCCUGUUUAAUCUAAACAAAGAAGACGAUGUUAGACAAUAUGUUGUCAGGCGACCACUUCCAGCUACUGACAAACUGAAGGCAAGAAGUAAGGCUCCUAAGAUUCAGAGGCUUGUGACACCAGUUGUUUUACAAAGAAAACGUCACCGUAUGGCAUUGAAGAGGAGACGCUCCACCAAGAAACGUGAAGAUGCAGCAGAAUAUGCUAAACUGCUUGCUUUGAGACUUAAAGAAGCUAAGGAGAGAAAAAGAAGCCGAUCUAACAGUAGGACUGCUUCAACGUCAAAAUCUGAAACAAAAGCUUAAGUUAUGCCCUGUUAAAAUACCGGAAAAUAAAGAGAAAAAUCUUA